CAUACCCAUUAGGUCAGAUUAUGAAAUCAGUCUACUCUUUGAGGGUUGGCUAGUUAAACUUAACAAAUCAUAUAAGGAUGCAUCAGAGAAAGAGAAGAGAUAUGAGAUCUUCAAAAGAUAACCUUUGGUACAUCGAUGAGCAUAAUGCCGGCAAUCAUACUUUUACCCUUGGUCUUAACAUAUUCGCGGACAUCACCGUAGAAGAGUAUAGAGCCACUUAUUUGGGUACUUUACCACCAUCCCCUAGUUUAUAUAUGGCAAACGAUGAAUUGAUCAAGAUAGAUGAGAGUGAUAAUCACUACAUCAACGUGACAACCACGCCAGAUUCCAUCGAUUGGAGGGACUUGGGAGCUGUUACCCCUGUCAAAAAUCAAGGCGGUUGUUAUAGUUGUUGGGCUUUUGCUACGCUUGCGACUGUGGAAGCGAUAAACCAAAUCAACACUGGAAAUUUAAUAACUCUGUCAGAACAGCAACUAGUGGACUGUGCUAAGAAGAGUUGUGAUGAAGGACAUUAUAUUCAUAAAGCAUAUGAAUACAUUAUAAAUAAUGGUGGGGUUGACACCGACGAGGACUAUCCUUACAUCGAUAAAGCAGCCGAGUGUGACACGACGAAGGAAAGUAAAAAGACUGUGUCAAUAGACGAUUAUAAAUUGGCCACUCAAGAAAACGAAUUUGCUAUGAAGGCAGUCGUUGCUAAGCAGCCUGCUGCCGUUAUUGUUGAAGCCUAUGAGCGGAAUUUCCAACUAUAUAAGAAGGGAAUAUUCACGUCAUAUUGUGGGACAAAAGUAGAUCAUGCUGUUACUAUAGUAGGCUAUGAUACAGCUGGUAGUGUAGACUAUUGGAUCAUUAAAAAUUCCUGGGGAGACUUUUGGGGAGAGGCGGGUUAUAUGAGAUUGGAACGAAACAUUAAGUCAAUAAGCGGCAAAUGUGGUGUUGCACUCUAUCCAUAUUACCCUAUACAAAACUCAACAAAUGGAAAUCCAAGGGCAGCCAAGUUCAAUUGAAGGCACCAUGCAUGCAGGAAUGCAAAUUUAUGGUGAUGAGGAUGGGUUGGAUAAAGAAAGAGGUGCCAAUAAUCUUUAUAAAUAAUAAUGUUGCAUUUUGUUACAAUCCAUUAUAAAUUAAUACA